GGAACCCUUUCACAAAGUUAUCCACAUGCUGAUUUAAUCACUUUAGUGGUACGGUACAGUUUAUCAUCAUUGCCUGGAAUUUGGGAAUGUCAAGUAGCACAUUCAGCUCUAAAGCUUGAAAAGAUUACUAAUGCUUGGUUGCUCUUGAAUUUCUAGGCAGCAACAACAUUGACCUGACAAGAUGAGGUUUUCCCUCGUUAAUUCAUUCAUUUUUUUUGUCUGUCUGUGUAUUUUCCAAGAAAGUUUUGCCACAGAUAAAAAAGCAGCCAAUAAAAAAGGAGAACCUCAAGGUUUUGCAAAAAAUGGGCAGUUUAUGACCAAACACAAUCAUGAUUGUAAUUGGGAGAUCAUUUCCGAAGAACAGUUUGUUAUCUUAUCUCUCAGCUGUAAUGAACAAGGAAAUAGCAGCUACAAAUGCACAUUUAGAGGAGAGCCAAAUAAAUGUCCUUUAUAUCGAACAAAAGCCAAACAGUACUGGAAACAAAUCUUUGCAAAAUUUAAGAAGAUGACAAACGUCUGCGAUGAAAAGACGCUUAAGUCACGUAUAUGUAAAAAAAGUGCAGCAUUUGAAUCUCAGCUUGUUAAGAUGGGUGGAGAAGUUGUUGAAGAUGUGGAAAGAGGGAAAAUCAAAGGGAAAGGCCGUGUGAAAGGCUCUGAAAAGGAGCAGGAAGAAAAGCAAAGAAUGUCUGAAGUAAAUAAAAAUGUUGGCACAGAGAUAAAAAGCAAUGCAAAAAAAAGAAAACCAGGUAUACAAUCCAGCAUGCAGCCUGAUGCAUCAAUGCCACCUAGCCAGGAAGUGUCUCCCACAGCAAGGGUAGUUAAUGAUGAUAUUGUAGAGUUAAAUGAGGAUAUUGCCGGAGUCUACUGCACAGAAAAAUGGCAUUCUGUGUGCUCUUUCUUUGUCAAUUUCUGGAAUGGCUAAAUCAAUUCCCAUUUGUACUGUAGAUAUGUUGUGAAAUUAUCUAAUUAGGUCUCACUGAAAGGUCUGUAGCAAAUCCUUUUGAACUGGUGUAAGCUUAAUGUCACUGACUAAUUCAUUCACGCUAUAACAAGUUUAUACUUGUUUGCAUUCAUAUUAUAUUUUUGAAUUCACUUGUAAACUAUUCUAAAUUCAGACUGCAUCACCACACAAGUCAUUUAACCACUUGAAUAUUUAACUCUUUUAGACCCUUAUAUAGAUUUUGUGUUGUAAUUUAAGUUUACAUAGCUUGAAUUUGUAGUUUAUUUGUUUAGUAGACUGUAGAUGUAUCAUUUAAUAAAAUAUUUUAAAUAAA